UCGAACCUGGAUCCUCCCUUACAGGUACAAAUGCUUCGCGACUCGGUUCGAUCGAGUCGCUAAGAAGAAUCGAUUCAACCGAGCGACUUGUUGGCGAACCGAACGCCGCCGCCGCUGUUCUUUGUCCUCGCGGUGACUGACUGCAUAUGAUCCCGCUGAAUGUACAUUAUUUAUUCCUCCGUUUACACUCUGUAUUCAUCAAACAGAAGAUCUGAAGGAUGGUGUUAGUUCAUGUCGGAUAUUUGGUUCUUCCUGUCUUUGGCUCUGUGAGAAAUAGAGGAUCUCAUUUUAACAGGCAUCAGCACAGUCAUGCUACCUCUUGCCGGCAUUUCCACGUAGGGCCCCAGGCCCAGAUCCCUGUUGAUUUCCCAAUGCCCCAUCCAGGACAAUCUCAGACAGGAAUGAGCCAUCAUCUCGGCCCCACGCACCAGCCAGCCGCGGCGUUACAUCCACCCCUCAACCACAUACCAGCUCCACCGUUCCAGGACAUCCCACCCCCGCCCUUCCUACCUCAGGCUUUACACCAGCAAUACCUCAUCCAGCAGCAGAUCCUGGAGGCCCAGCACAGGAGGAUACUUCCACAGCCCAGCAGACAUGCUCCAGACCGAACCCUUCCCCAUCCGCAGACGCUGCGGCCGCCAUAUGAAUACCCACCAUCCAUUCAUAUUCCCCCACCGCCGCCGGUGCCGCAGCAGCCGCGCUACCUUGCCGAAGGAACAGACUGGGAUCUGAGUGUGGAUCCAGGCCUGCCUCAGUACCAUGUCUCUCCCCUCACUCAACAUUAUCAGCAUUACCUGACCUCUCCACGACUGCAUCACUUCCCCAGGAACACCACCUCAGCACAAGUGGUUGUCCAUGAGAUCAGAAACUACCCUUAUCCUCAGCUACAUCUGCUGGCUCUCCAAAGCCUCAGUCCGUCUCGCCAUGCGUCUGCGGUGCGGGAGAGUUACGAGGAGCUCCUGCAGUUGGAAGACAGACUGGGCAAUGUGAACAGAGGGGCUCUGCCGACCACCAUCGAGAGGUUUACCUUUCCUCAUAAGUAUAAAAAGAGAAUACCUCUAGAGCUGAAGAUUGGCAUGGAUGAAGAGGAACUGGACACGGAUGAGAAAUGCACAAUAUGCCUCUCGAUGCUUGAAGAUGGAGAGGAAGUCAGGAGAUUACCCUGCAUGCACCUCUUCCAUCAGGCUUGUGUUGACCAGUGGCUGGCAACCAAUAAGAAGUGUCCCAUCUGCAGGGUAGACAUUGAGACGCAGUUGGCCCCUGAUAGCUGAUGUCUCAUGUAGCACUAGCUAAAGUCCUGUCGUCUUUCUUAGUCCCCUCGUGGGCACUUUGCCAAAUGUGUGUCAUCUCCAUCACCUCUCACCUCUAACCUUUGCCUUCUGAGCCAACUGACGAUGUAGAACGGGGAAGACGAAAAGCGCUGAAGUGGAACCCGGGACGGAGUCGUAGAGCACGUGGAGAAGAACGAGUCUGUCGAUGAUGCUGAUUCAAGUCAAAGUGCUGUGAAUGUGUGUGUGUUUGGGACGUGAACGCUGCUCGUAACGUCUCAGAAUGAUCUCGGAUGAAGACCGACCAAAUGUUCUCAGUGUUCAGUAGGUCACGGAUGAAGCAUUACGGCAUGAACACAACAAAGUCCAACAUAUAACACGUGGUUGGUCAUGAACAAAUCAUUUGUGAAAAAAUAAAAAUUAAAAAAUUAACUGGCGAAUGAGAAGCGCGUAAGAGGAGAAUAAUGACCCUGUGUUUAAAAAAGUUCCAUCGUCGUGUCUGUAAUUAUCGGAGGUGAUGCUUGACAUUCUUGACCUGUUUGAAAUGUGUCCGCGUUUUGUGCUCGUGACGCCUCCGACGCUUAGAAACGUAUCCACCAAAUGCAUGUUGAAGCGAGAGGCCGGGGUUCUUCUGAUGAGAGGUCGACGUGCAUGAGGACGUUUCCUGCCUGAUACUCUACUAAUCCUGAAGACACUGUGUUCUCGAUGCGUCUCCGAAGUCACUAGGAGUGAAAUAUGUACCUUAAUGCCUGUAGCACAAGCACACGUUGAAUAGUAACGCCAUAACUCUGUGUUUCCAUUCGCUCUGUGACUCGUGGUCUCGCUUGGUCGUAAAGCAGCAUCUGUAGAGUCAUAAUGUGCAUGAAACCUGUUUGCUGCCAUUUCUAGAGGACAUGACAAGGGAGUAAAGCCAUUCGUUUUAUAGAAACCAAACAUAACUUUUCUAAGCUGUUCUUCGUGAUCAUGAUUUAUUCUUUUUCCUACUGUUGCCAACCUGUGUGCGGGGCUGGUUCAGCAUCACCACAUAAGUAGCUGCAAUGCUGGAAAAAAUGAACCUACAAGUUAUUUAUUGUCGUCUUAAUGUAGUUAGAGGUUGUUCUUGUAAAAGCACUCACUUUCCGAUGGGGUCGUGUGAUUGUUUCUCUUUCCCUGCUUUUGCAUUUGCACUCAGUUUCCUUGCGUAUCGUGCACUCCAUUAAAAAAACAAAAAAACAAGGGAACAGACUUUUUAACAGCACAGUUUCUUUGCGUAAUGAUAGUUGUUGCCGCACUGGCCACUUUCUAUGUAAGUGACUGUUUAUCCGUAGCAUUUCAGAUGUCUCUGUAGUACAUUUGAAGAAAUAACCUGCUUGUCUUUGCUUUCACAACUUUUCCAGAAUUCAAGCGUUCAGCUGCUUGGAAGCUAGGAAGUUGGAAGCGUUUCCUUGUUUUCAAUCACCGUUUUGUAGUAUGUCAUUGAGCGUAUGGAAGCCUGUUUCAACCACUGAAUAAAAAAUAAAAAAAAGGUUGACUUUUUGUCUUACAAAUCUGACUUUUUUCUUGCAAUUGCGAGUUAAUCUGAGAUAUAAACUCAUAA